AGCAAUUAUUUCUUUUUAAUGUGUUACCGAUUUUCAUUCGAUAGUCGUGCCCUAUCUGGCAUAUAUAAGUCGCCAACACUGUCUCAUUUCUACUCAAGUGACAACCUGGUUCUGUUCGCAAGUUUAUUCUCUGUUUAGCAUGCAAAUUUAUUUCCAAUAAAGAUCGGAAACAAUAGAUAGCUGGGGUCGGCGCGACAAUCGUAAAUCUUGUGAUUGUACUUGGAUAAAAUCAGCGGCCCAACAUUCCGACACCAACUUUUGUCUCGGCGCUAGCAUUUGUAAUCUUGGAUUGGAUUCCUGUGGAAAGUUAGCGGAGGAUUUCAAAUGGAGACAGCCGGCAUCUGGUUGAGCAUAGCCCUGGUCAUCUGCUGGUCACCUCCAGUCUGCAGCCACGGACGGCUCUGGGAGCCACCAGGUCGCAGUACCAUGUGGAGGCGGGGCUAUGGCACGCCAAUCAACUACCAGGAUAACCAACUGUUCUGUGGAGGCUUUGGUCAUCAGCAGAGCCUAGGCUACAGGUGUGGGGUAUGUGGAGACCCGUAUGAUGGAAUGCGUGAGAAUGAAGAAGGCGGGAAAUACGCAACAGGCACUGUGACGAAUACAUACACACAGGGUCAAAGGGCAACCUUUCAGGUGGACCUAACAGCCAAUCAUAGAGGAUAUUUUGAGUUUAGAAUUUGCCCAAAAAACAGCGCGGAGGAAAAAACUACGCAAGAGUGUCUUGACCUUCACCUUGUGAAGUUAGCCGAUGGUUCUGGGUCAAGGUUCCAACUGACCUCAGGAGAGGCCAAGAUGUACGACAUCGAUGUUGUGCUGCCAUCUGACGUCACAUGUGACUUUUGUGUUCUCCAGUGGCAUUAUCACGCUGGCAACAGCUGGGGGGUGGACCCUGACGGCCGACAGUGUAUAGGCUGUGGACCACAAGAAUCAUUCUACGGCUGUUCUGACAUUAGGAUUCUCCCUGCUGGCGGCGUAAAGGAAGUGACGAAUAGCAGAGUGACGCAAGCACUGACGUCAGCAGUUGCUACUACUACCACAAGCACUGGCUCAUCGUGUAUCGGGGCCAAAGGUCAAGUUGAAUACAACGACUGGUGCCAGACCAACUGCCCACUGGGCAACUGUCCUCCUGAUACCUGCGUGUGUGGUGAUCAGAGCAAAAGCUGCGUGGCUGUAGCGGCGUUCUCUACAGUAGACGGAUCAAGAGAGUGGUGUCAGCUCAACUGUGCUGCAGGACAUUGCCCAGCCUCCAUGUGUUCAUGUAGUUGAUUAGGGUCGCUUCUUGUUGUUUCAUUCCUUGCUCUUUAAUUGUAUGAUUAGCGGCCUUGUUGAUUGAUUACAUCAGUAGAAGGUUACAAAAGUCAUUUGGAAAACAUUUCAUGGUUUACUUAGUUCAAGUUUCUAGUUUGUUUUAAACUGUAUUGAAUUUUGAUGGCCGGUUGGGCUAAUGUUGAGAUGGUCAUCUAUGUUGAGAUGGCCUCACGAUUGUUGAUAGACUUGGCCAACCUAAUAUAUAAGAAAAUGGCCGGCCUAUUUUAUGUAAACCCAGAUAAUGUAUUAGUAGUAGGAUUUUUCCUGUUACUUUUUUUUUCCUAUAAUAAGGAUUUUCUACUCUAUCAUUAGUAGUCCUCACAAAUCUAUCAUUAGUAGUCCUCGCUAAUCUAUCAAUAUAGGUCUCACUAAUCUAUCAGCAGUAGUCCUCACUAAUCUGUCAGUAGUAGUCCUCACUAAUCUAUCAGGUAUCACAAAUCUAUCAGUAGUAGGUUUCACUAAUCUGGUAAGUCCCACGGCGAUUGCCUUUGACGUUCUAUUCUAGUACAGUUAUACGGUAGCGUCCCUGCAUUAGGUUUUGUAUUGACGUUUGACAAGCUCCGACCCUUGCUACAGUGAUAAUAAAACAGUGUGAUAGAAAACUGAACCUGAGAAAUAAAAUACGAUUGUCCACAA